UUUAUCUCUUGUGCUAUUUGUGUCAGUUUUAUAAUAAAGUCUUUUGUCUCUUUUAGGGGAAAUCUAGUGUUUAAAUCAACCAACGAAGAAACGGUUGCGUUGUUACUGACUAGCCUAUCUGUUCUGAAAGGACAGGAGAAAUGCCAAAUACAAGCUGUAUAAUGUGUUUUAUUCUCCUCUCUGAUGUUUGAUGUGUCUCUGGACUGAUCUCUUCGUCCAGUCUUUCUCCUCCGGCUGCAGGGAAACAUGUGAAGAGGUUUUUCAGGCAGAAUCUCUGCUACUUCCGCAGUCCUCCAUUCAGAGGAGGUUUGGCGGAGUUCUGUGUGAUUUGUCACAUGUUUCUGUUCUUAGGGAAGUGGUUCUCAGGAACAGAGGAACUAUGGCUACAGCCGCGAGCCUGAGUCUCAUGAAGUCUGCGGAUCUGAUCAAGAAGGAGCCUUUGGAUUACGGAGGUUUUGGGGAGGUUUACCUGUGUUACCACAAAACCCUGGGUCAGGUGGUGCUGAAGACGGUCUACACCGGGCCUCCGCGCAACGGCCGUCAGAAGCAGUCUCUCCUGGAGGAAGGCAGUCUGAUGAGCAGGUUAAAUCACCAGAGAGUGGUGAAGCUGCUGGGUGUGAUCCUGGAGGACGGGGACUAUUCUUUAGUCAUGGAGCUCAUUCCUAAAGGAAACCUGCUGACGAUGCUGGAGAGGGUGCUUGUUCCGAUAUCUGUGAAAGGAAGGAUCAUUCUGGAGAUCUUGGAGGGAAUGGUUUAUCUCACGGAGAACAAAGUCAUUCACAAAGAUCUCAAACCAGAGAACAUCCUGGUGGACAAGAACUUCCACAUAAAAAUCGCCGAUCUCGGCCUGGCCACGUCUCAGAUGUGGAGCAAGCUGACUAAAGAGGAGUCUCGCAGACGCAGUCACCUGGGGAAGGGCUCGAGCGCUCGCGCCGCUGGAACGCUGUGCUACAUGGCCCCCGAGCACCUGAAGAGCAUCAACACCCGCUCCACAGAGAAGUCUGACGUCUACAGCUUCGCCAUCGUGGUCUGGGUGGUCCUGACCGGCCGGGAGCCCUACGAGGAUGCCAUGAGUGAAGAUCACAUCUGUCACUGUGUGUGUCAGGGGAACCGUCCCGAUGAAGCUCUGAUCCCUGGAGAGACUCCUGAAGACGUGGUGGAGCUCAUGAAGACCUGCUGGAACGGAGACCCUCUCCAGCGGCCCACGUUUAAAGAUAGCUUUGAAUCGUUUUUACCUUUUUAUCAGGAGAAGCUGGCAGCGGACGUAAAAACGGAUUUGGAAAGUCUGAUGAGAUCGUACGACGGUCCAGAGGAGCUGCUAGAAAAGAUGAAGUCCCUCACAACAGACUCACUCACUCCUGAAGACCCUGCGCCGUGCUCCAGAGACUCCCCGGGGCCCUUGAGGAGCUCGGACAUCGGCCCGGUGGAGGCCAGCAUCGAAGACCUCAGCUACCAGACCCCCGAAGAGUCUCUGGAGAGCGACGCCGCUCCCCCCGGAUCUCCCAACCUGACGCACAAACUGACCCAGGAGUACAACUACCACAAGUACGGCAGUCGUAUCGUGGACCAGCCGGACGCCAGCGUCUACCCCGCGCUCCCGCAGCAGCCGGCCAGCAGCAGGUGGACCGGGGAGCUCUCUUCUGUGAAGUCCUGGGCUAAACCGGCCGCUUACCCGAGUCCAGACGAGGAGCUCCACCAGAGGCCCGCGGGCUGCUCGGACCGACCGUACCGCCCGGAGCUGGCCAGUCAGCUCUCAGUGCCGUCUUCUGACUACGACAGGCUCCAGCAGCUUCAUCACCCGGCCUACAACCGCAUCAAGUCCUGUCCGGACGGAGACCCCCGGGCGGCCGAGUCCGUCUUGCUGGAUUCACACCCCGGCCUGCAUUUAUCUCCUGUCGUAUGUCCUCCGUCUGACUCCGGGUGGCCCGUGACCAUCACGAACGCCAGCGCCAUUCAGAUCGGGAGUUACAACACCAUGAAUUUACGAGUGUCUGACAGCAGCUCGUUCAGCUCGUCGUCCGCCGGCUCCAUCACCAGAACCAAAUACAACGAGCUCCUGCAGAAGUACGAGGAGCACACGGUCACUGAGAGUCACCUGGACGUAGUGCGACAGAACGUGGGCGGAAAAUGGAAGCAGGUUGCUCGUAAACUCGGCCUGACCGACAUCGACGUGGACACCAUCGAGCACGACUACGACCGCGACGGCCUGGCCGAGAAGGUGCACCAGACGCUGGAGCGCUGGAAGAUGAGGGAGGGCCUGCUGGGCAUGACCGUGGGUAAGUUGUGCCGGGCGCUCGAGGGCUGCAUCAAACCCAACGUCCUGCUGCAGCUGCUGCUGAAGUCUCAGGACGCCGCGGGAGUGCCUUGAAGCGUCACGUCGUAGCAUUGACACGGCGGUGAAAGCCUGCAAAGACGUGCAGUAUUUUAGACAUCGUGGCGUUUGAUGCUACGGCAUAUAAUGAUUACAAUUCUGUGAACAGUUUGAGGACAUUUACACGACACCUUUUACAACCAAAAUGGAAAAUCGCUCAUUUAGAGGAAAAUGACUUGGGUUUUCGGUCUCUUUCACUGAUUUUUCAUUUUGACUAGUUUUCUAAAAUGCAAUACAAAACCUUUUUCCGUUUUUUGUGCAUCGUUUUUGUGCAAAUAUACAGAAAAGAUUCCUUCAAAGUGCCUUUUCUCUAGAUCUUGAUCAGUUGAACCACUCUUUCACUAUCACUUGAUGCUGAGACGUUUCUGUCGAGAUCUUUCUUUAAAAUGAAGGCGCCCCUAUUAUAGGUUAUAAAAGGUUCAUAUUUAGUUUUUUUUUUGACAUGCAUCCAAGGUCACAAAAAAAACUGUUAUGCAAUAUGCCUUUUAUUUCUUUUACCUUGUUUGUUUAAGGACUCCAGUGCUCAUUAAAAAGUGUUUUGAGCUUUUAAUGCUCCAAAAGCGCCAUCUACUGGUGAGGAAUGAAUUGGCAUUUUCUUUCAGACCAGCAAAGAUCAAGGAGUGGGCGGGAAUAUGCUAAUGUUUGUUGACUCUUUAUUUUGAGAGACAAUAACUUCAUACACGGUGCACUUUCAGACUGAAAACUUUGCGGGACGUUUUCAUUCACUGUAGCUUUUCUACACGCUGCAUGAAAGAUCGUUUUCAAAAAUCCAUAAUAGGGGGACUUUAUAUAUAGAUCAUAUAGAUCAGCGGCAGGAAGCAUGUUCUCCCAAAGUGUGUGUUUCCUCUGUGUGCUCCGGUCUCACAGUCUAGAGACGUGUGUGUGUGUGUGUGUGUGUGUGUGUGUGUGUUUGAAUGAUGCUUGUUUUGAAGGUAAACCUGAAAGCACACCAAAAAUCACUUCUAUUUGAGGAUGUAAAAAUGCUUUCUGUGAGAUGUAGGGUCGGUUUAGGGAUAAUUCUGGUGUGGCGAAAUGAAGUAAUGAUAAAGAUAUGAUUGUGACAAAUCCAAAACCAGCAUAAAGUGUCUUUUAUGGUGUUGGGCUUUUAAAAGAGCCUCAGAGCACUUUGGCAUUGAUUAUAAUUUCUUGAAAUGAAAGGCUCUUUAUUGGUAUUGUUUGUACCGACAAUGUUUAAGAAUCUUUCUGUGGCCUUUACAGUGAAGAUGAGCUUCUCAGAAGAUUUAGUUGAAGCUGCUCUCAGAUCAGGUGUCUGUGAUCAAUCAGCUUUAUCUUGGUUUCUAGGAACACAAACCAACUGUGGAUCAUUUUAAAAUUUUUCUUUUUUAUACAAGUUUUGUCAUUAAAAAGAUUUUUAACUUUAA